AUGCUCCUCACCGUGAGAGUGCACAACGCCGGCGUGUACUCCCUCGAUUUCGGAGGGGUUGACGUGGCGGUGUCUUACAGAGGGAGGAGGCUGGGGCACGUGAUAUCGGAGCACGGUCACGUGAGUGCCAGGGGAUCGUCCUACGUGGACGCUGACGUGGAAUUCGCGGGAAUCGCGGUGGUGCCUGAGAUGAUGCUGUUUCUAGAAGACCUUGCAAAGGGUGCAAUUCCCUUCUUUACGGUUUCUCAGGUCAACGGUCAAAUGGGCCUUGCCUUCUUUCACUUCCCCAUUCAGGCAAAACUAUCAUGUGAAGUAUUGGUGAGUACAGUAAACCAGACAAUUAUUCACCAACAUUGUCUCCAUGAGUGCAUUGAUGACAACACAAAAGAAGAAAAAGAAGAAAAGGGCAAGCCUAAGAACAUUGUGGAGGAAGAUCAAGAGGGAAAAGAGGAGGUUUCUGAUGAGUUCUUCAACGGUGGUUCAUUUCCAAUAUGA